AUGCACGGCAUUGCAAGCCGUCGCAAAGCUUGCGAGGAUACCGGUACACUUCGAGGAGCGCCGACCAUUGCCGCAGCUGCCGCGGGUCGAGGCGGCAGCACCCUUAUCCCAGCGCAAAUACCUCCUCUUGACAAAUUACGACUGCUAUGUCCAGGGUUCCCUCGCAAGCCUAUAGAAGUUCACAACGGCGACGCCUUCGCCCUUGCGCAGACUCUAGGUUCUACUUACGGCAAGGUUGGCGUAUUGAACUUGGCCAGCGAUCGAGAGCCUGGCGGUGGCUGA